AUGGGGAUCUUUGGGACCUCAUCACCGUUUGACCAAGACGUCGAAAGAGCAACAAGUGAGAAUAACACUAGUGAAGAAUGGGGUCUGAUUCUGGAAAUUUGCGACCGUGCCGGUGCAAAUGCAACAAAUGCUCGUGACUGUUUGAGAGCAGUGAUGCGUCGGCUUGCUCAUCCCGACCCCCAUGUCCAAGUUCAUGCUGCAACUUUGCUGGAUGCCUGUGUGUCAAAUUGUGGCAAAUUGUUUCAUCUAGAGGUUGCAUCACGGGAGUUUGAAAUGGAGUUUAGAAGAUUACUUUCAAAAGCUCAACCUCCUGUCGCACAGAAGCUAAGAGCCUUAUUGAAAAAGUGGGCAGAAGGUGAAUUCAGGAAUGACUCUCAACUCGAUCUCAUACCAUCUCUUCAUAACAAAUUAUGCAGUGAGGCAGGGGAGAAGACAAUAGCGCCCACUGUUGAAACUCAGCAAUCAGCUAAAGAUGCGGCGGCCCAACGCGAACAGGAAGACUUAGCUCGUGCUAUCGCCCUCUCACUUCGCGAGGCAAACGCAACAGCGGCACCUGCUAACUCCUCUACCACGGCCAAGACAACGCUGUACCCUCGCAUGGAGCCGACAGUUGAGCCACCUCCCGCUAGGAAAGUCCGUGCGCUGUACGACUUCGAAGCAGCUGAAGAUAAUGAGCUCACGUUUGUUGCGGGGGAAAUUGUACAUGUGACGGAUUCUAGCGACCCUAAUUGGUGGAAGGGUUACAAUGAACGCGGAGAGGGGCUUUUUCCAGCCAACUUUGUUACUUCUGAUCUCACGGAACCAGCUCCUGAAAGCGAAGCAACGGCUGCGCCAGCGGCAUCUAGUGGUAAAACAGUGCAAUUCGCCCCUGAAAUCCCCCUUCGUAUCGACGAAUCUUGUAUGGACGAAGCACUCGCUUUGCUUCACGAAGCCGAUCCCACGGGAGAAACGGCAGAUGAUCCCAGGCUCUGUGAACUCGAAGCCAGGGUAUAUGCUAUGGGGCCCCUUGUAGACGCGGCACUGGAGAAAGCUGAUAGACGUCACGCUCGAUUAACCCAGUUGAGUGCUGACCUGGUGGAUGCCCUAAAUCUGUACCACGAGCUAAUGCGUGAUCCGAAGCCGAUGUACGCACCGCAAUAUAUGCCGGUGCCCAUGGGCGUGCCUCCCGUUAUGCCACCAGCGCAGAUGCCACAACAUCCUCAACACCCACACAUGGGUCCGCAGCCCCAGCCUCAACCACCUAGAUGCUGA